UCGUCGCUGACACGGGAAAGUCGCUGGAGUACAAUUUGUCUGCUAUCGACGGGGUAAUUUACUUAUCGCAAUCUUGCCUUUUUUCCAUACAAGGCAGGUUCCCCUUCGGGGUUUUGAGUUGAGUCACGACGGAGGCAAGAUCAAGGGAAGAGCGAACGACCAUUUCGAAUUCAGACCUCGCAUCCUCCUCAUUGGAAUUCCCGACGCUGGACGACCGGGCACUCGGUGUUUAUCGAAAGUGGACCCACCAUUAUCCUAUGGUCGCUGCUCCUAGUCAAUAGGAACGUUCAGAAUUAUUUUGAAGAUCAACUUCUUUGAGCCUCUGAGCUAGGUUACGAACUAAACGGAAUUGGUUGUUCUUUUUAAACCUAGCUUGGAAGAAUAAAUCUUUCAUGCACAGACGCUAAGGAAAUGUUUUUGUUCGCAGGCCCUGGGUCAGGAUGUUCUACUGGGGACCAAGGAGGAGGAAUGGAGCAAUGUGCUGUGCGUUCGAGACAAAUCCUCGCUAGGUGUCGUAUUGAGGGAUCGUCUGAUGACCGAUGCAGCGCUCGGUGGUCCACGACCGAUCAAGUCCGAGCACAGUUACAGCCUCCUGACGUCCAGCCCUCCGCCAAGCCCAGCGACACCUGGCGCCAACCCUCACACACCUAACUCCGGCUCAUCCUCCGAUACGGUCGGCGCAUCCCUCUCGAAUACCAGUUCCUCUAUCGACCCUAGCGCCAUGGAUCACCAUAAAUCGUUGGACAUUCGCAGCAGAAUCGACGACAUGGAAGAGGAGUGUUUCCCAGCAAUUUCGAUGAACACCGCCUCGGGCCGCGGUGAACUAUCGUCUUCGUCGUCGUCGUCCCUAUCGCCGUCGUCUACCUCAACCGUUAUCCUAAAGACACCCAACGACCUAGUACCUGAAGACGUGGAAUGCGCCGAGAUCAAAGGCGAGCCGCUCAGCGCACCCAGUAGCCCCUCGGCGUCCUGCCAAACAACGAUAGUCGACGACAAGAGCACGAUAACCAUGGUGUUCCCUCAGAGCCUUCAUUUCUCUAAGAACCACCUGUCACAGACCAGCGACAGCGAGGAGGACGACGAAGAAUAUUAUCAGGCUAUGGAGGUGGAGGACUACGACGGAACGGUCUGCGUUAGCAAAGAGGCGAACUCGCGUACCUCGAGGCAGGGAUUGCCUCCGACACCUCCCAGCAGCGCUAGCUCCGAUAGCGAAGGCACUGCAUCCGCUUCCUGCUCGCCAGAACGUCGAGAUUCCCAGAGUUCAGCGCACCCACAGAAUCUCAGGGGCCUGCUGACACCCAGGCUGUACGUCACGAACGGCGCGCACACCACCAGGCAGCCUAUCCACACACCUUUGAUUUCCUGCCAACCGAAAGGGUCGACGGGAAAUCUCACGUUGACCGAGGAGGAGAAGAGGACUCUGAUAGCCGAGGGGUAUCCCGUUCCCACGAAAUUGCCACUAACCAAGCAGGAGGAGAAGUCGCUGAAGAAGGUCCGCAGGAAAAUUAAGAACAAGAUAUCCGCGCAAGAGUCGCGUCGAAAGAAAAAGGAGUACAUGGAUGGUUUGGAGAGACGGGUCACCCUGCUGACGAACGAGAACUCCUCGUACAGGGACAGACUGACCGUCCUGGAGGACACGAAUCGUGAACUGUUGAAGGAGCUGCAACGUUUGCAAGCGAUGCUGCAAUUGCAGGUCUCCUAGAUCUUUCUUCCAUGCGAUAAAACAUUUUCGUAUGAACCGAAGACUUCGAGAUCGUCGACUCGGAGAGGAUACUUGACGAAGAAUCCAGGUGUCGUCAACGCUGGGUGGUUCUGCAGUUUCGCGAGGACUGCGAGCGCCAUCCCUCGACAGAGUUCGCGAACAGUGUUGCCCCGAUCGUUGAUCGGUUCAAUCUCGUUUGGAUCCCUCGGUGAAAUCCGUCUGGCAGGUGCUCGAAAGAAAGUCGUCGAUACUUGGUCGAGCCUCGUUGAUUUCUUUUUUUUUUUCUCUAAGUCAGAAACGAAAGUUGGGAGGGUAGCCUGUUUCCAGGGGACUCGUGCAAUUCCUUUACAUUCCUGUGAAGUCUUCCUUGAGCAGGGGCGGAUCGAGUAAGUAUUUUAGAGCGGGACCGCUGUGUAACGACCAAUUUUACCUAAGAUUAGCCGCGAAUACGUUGGGCCGUGUCGUCUUCCCAGUUCCGUCGCAACGGAAUCGAAGACGUGCGAUGGAAUUUAGCCGGGAGUGCCUUCAUUCGUUGGUUUCGAUGUUUCUUCCUUCAAAUGGAGACCAGGGGAACACGUUUUGUCAUUUUGUGUGAAAUUUCCGAUGCUUUUCGAAAGUACGAUCUUGAUCUACGGUUGGAAUGAAAUCGAUUGGCUGCGCGAAGCCACUCCCGCUUUCUCGUGGCGCCAUCUUGGCGGGAACGCGCGAAGUGGCCUAGAGAGGUCAGUCGAUUCGGUGGCUGCGGCAAAACCACACUUCUUUCUCAAAAUCUUCGCAAAUACAUUUACGAGAAAACGAGACGUUUAACUUCGAAUUACGUUAGCAAACAUUUCAGUGAUAAACGAGAGAGUUCACGCUGAUUAACGAUAAAGUAUUAAACAGUGCUUUAGCGCAAUUCUCGAGCCGAUUGCUCGUCGAAAGCGAUGGAAACUCUUUAAUUUCGUCCAAAAGUCAGCGUCCUUGCGUGGGUGUAAACGUAAACGUAGCGUAUGAACUUCGAGGCGAGGAGGUGUGUUAUUAUUAUUUUAUAUAGAAUGAAUUUGAAAAUCGUGUGUGUCUAUUUUCACGAGAGAGGUAUAUCGUAUCUAGUAACUUACGUGUUAGUUUAGGUGUAACUCACUUCAGACACAAGUUUGUAUAUUGUACCUUGAAACAGAACCGCCGGAGAGAGGUGGUUCGUUCAAGAUACUUAACGAUAACGUGCAACGGCGACUACUUCGAUCUUCUUCUUUUUUCUUUCAACGAAAGAGCGCGCCACGGAACGUAAGAACUACAGUUUUGUGAAAGAUAGCAGCGUGGCGUGAUUCUUCGUUUCAAAAUAAAUCGAAAAUGUGUCCUGAAUUUUUUUCGUACGAGGUCUUCUUCGCGAGAAAAACGAAUGUGAAAUAAUACUUGUUCGCGCACGGGCGCUGUUUUAGCUCGCGCGACAGCCGUUGCGGCGCUUGCGUCGUGCACGCAAUGGUAUUAGUUCAAACUUUUAAAUUUGAUUUUCUCAGCAACGAGACGUCAUAGAAAAAACAUUCUUUCGACAAUUUCUAUUGAUUUUUGGAUGAGGAAUCGUUUUCUGCACUUUUGCGUCAGAAAUGACGCCACGUUCCGUUCUAUUUUCGAGUUUAAAAAUGUACGAAUCGACUCCAGCGAGCGAGUAAUCGUGAUCUUACCUUCUCGUGGCACGUGGGUACAAAUUUCAUCGAUUACCGUCGCAAUUAGUGUUAAACAGAAGCAUCGAGGCAUGUGGUGAUCGCCAAUGCUGCCAUUAGUUAAUCGACCAACGAAAGUGUCUUCACUGAAUGUUGCUAUUGGGUCGAAUUUUACGAUAAGAAGCGCUUUUAACAAAUGCAAAAUUAUUCGAACCGAUAAGCAAGUCCACGGAAACUAGAAUAAAUUACGUUUUCAUGUAAUCGAUAUGGUGCACGUUAAAGUUUCGAGAUCGUUUCGAAUAGUGAAUAUUUUGUAAGAAUCACUGGGACCAGUGCGCGAAUCGUAUUUUUCCCGGGCAGAAAAUUUCCUUUCCGGGCUUUGGUGGACGAUCUCGCGGCCGGGAGCGUUGCAAUUGGAUUUCCGCGGCGAGUUCAAUCGAGUUAUCGAGUUUAUCGGCGAGCGUCUCGCGCAGGAUCAAUAAAGGUACGAAAUGGCACGAUUUAACGAAGCAUAGAACUUGGAUCGGUUUGCGAGUCGAGGCGUGAAACAGUUUGGACGAAGCACGUGCACGGGAAUUGAAACGAUUUUAAUCGACGACUGAUUAAACUGGAUAAAUUAAUUAUAGUGGAUAAAUUAAUUUAUGAUUUGGAAAAUUACUCAACAGGACGACCAUGCGUCAACGAGAUACGGAGGGUCGAAGCGAUUCGAAUCGAAUGAAUGAACCGUCAAACAAAAAAAAAAAACAACGACGUCACGCGUGUUUUUAGUGCGAGCAAAAAAGAAAGGUGCACAUACACGGUGGCAUAUAAGCGCAGAGGAAAAAGAGAAAGAGGGACAAAAAAAAGUCUGACGAUUACUUCUGCCUGUCUGAGCACAUACGGUCGCGGACACUACUACUUUUCCAAGGAACGUGUUCGCGAAACGUCCUUAAAGUGACGCUGCUCGAGUGCUCGGAUAGUUGUAAUUUAAAGGGGAUAUUUUCUUCUACAGGCAGAUCCACGUUUGAUCCUAUCGGUAUUGAGGCUGCAUUACCGACAGUGCGGAGCAUGCGAGGCGCCAUGGCGCCUAUACGAUUAGUACGUCAGUUGAAUGCCUAUUGGCGUUCUUCGCACGGGUUGGUGCGACUAAAGUAAUUCUUAGAAUUAGCGUUUAGCUAUAGUGGUCUUUUUUUUCAACGAAGGUGUUCGACUAUUAUUUAAAUGAAAUUUUGCGUAGAAUUUAAAAUGAUGGACAACUUUCGUACGAAUUCGCCAUCGCUCAGUUUUUAUUCGACUUCGUCCAAACUAUUUUUCGCCUAACGAAAAUUCACAAGAGAAAGGCUCAUACUUUUGAGGGUAAAAGAAUAUAGAUAAUCGUUCGCGGAUGCCUGGCGUGAAAAAGGGGGGUCGUAUUUGUGUACAAAAAUGCCAAUUUACGCAGUUUUACCGAGAACAGAGAGAGAGAGAGAGUGAG